AGUACUUGCUUUGCCGACCCGAAACCGGCGCUCCGAGGCACCAAAAAACCCGAUUGUAACAGAGCUAACUACUGCAACUGUACAACUCUUCCUCCCUUCCUUACCCGACAGCUAACACCAAUUCAGAAACGCAUACUGGCUGCGGCAAUGGAAGCUCUGAAAUCUUCACUUCCAAUCUUAUCAUUCUUCUUGUUGCUCUCACUCCAUUCCGAUUCUUUCAUCCGCGCGGCUCUCGCCGACGGUGUCACUCCCGCCGAAGCCAAGCAGCUCCGGGACGAGGUCAGGGAAAUGUUUUAUCAUGCAUUCAAUGGAUAUAUGGAGCAUGCUUUUCCUCUGGAUGAGUUAAGGCCUCAUUCUUGUGCAGGUGAAGAUUCGCUUGGUGGUUAUGCCCUAACUUUGAUUGACUCCUUAGACACACUAGCUUUACUUGGUGAUCGAGAACACUUUGCCGCCUCUGUUGAAUGGAUUGGUAAAACACUACAGUUUGAUAUAAAUAAGACGGUAUCUGUUUUUGAGACUACCAUCCGCGUCCUUGGGGGUUUACUUUCUGCACAUCUUAUAGCAAGUGAUUAUUCCACGGGCAUGAAAAUUCCAAACUAUGACAAUCAAUUACUUACCUUAGCUGAGGAUCUUGCCCGGAGAUUGUUACCUGCAUUUGAUACUCCUUCAGGAAUUCCUUUUGGAUCUGUCAAUCUAAUGCAUGGAGUUGAUGAACAUGAAAGCAAGAUAACAUCGACAGCUGGUGGUGGGACCUUGACUUUGGAAUUUGGAGUGCUCAGCCGUUUGACAAAAGAUCCCAUUUUUGAACAAGUUACCAAGAAUGCAGUGCGUGGACUUUGGGCUCGUCGUUCAAGGCUCAAUUUAGUUGGUGCUCACAUUAAUGUUUUUACAGGUGAAUGGACACAGAAGGAUGCUGGAAUAGGAACUAGUAUUGACUCUUUCUAUGAGUAUCUUCUAAAGGCUUAUUUAUUGUUUGGAGAUGAAGAGUAUCUUUUCAUAUUUCAAGAAGCUUAUGCCGCUGCUAUGCACCAUCUUUACAAUGAUCCUUGGUAUGUAGAGGUAAAUAUGGAUUCUGCUGCUGUUGUCUGGCCAUUAUUUAACAGUUUGCAAGCAUUCUGGCCCGGACUUCAGGUUUUAGCUGGAGAUAUUGAUCCUGCCAUUCGAACUCAUACUGCCUUCUUUAGUGUGUGGAAAAGAUAUGGUUUUACUCCGGAGGGCUUUAAUCUCGCUACGCUCAGUGUGCAGCAUGGACAAAGAAGUUAUCCACUGCGUCCAGAAUUAAUGGAGAGCACAUAUUGGCUCUAUAAGGCAACUAGAGAUCCAAAAUAUCUUGAUGCUGGACGAGACAUGAUUGCCAGCUUGCAGCACAGUGCACGAUGCCCCUGUGGAUAUUGUCAUAUAUCAGAUGUUGAGUUCCACAAGCAGGAAGAUCACAUGGAGAGCUUUUUCCUGGCAGAAACGGUUAAAUACCUGUGGCUUCUUUUUGAUUUGGCUGUGGGACCAGAUAACCUUGUUGAAAAUGGGCCAUACAUGUACAUAUUUAGUACCGAAGGCCACUUAUUGCCUGCAACCCCUGAAAUAGCUCUUGUGCAGGAACAUUGUUCAUAUUUUGGGGCUUAUUGUAACACUGGCAACAUUAGAAAUGAAUCUCAAGCUUCCGAUGUUCCAAGUAAUUCUCAAGAAACUUAUGAUGGUAGCUUAUAUGGAAGGGUCCGCAAUGGAAUUCCUUCAGACUCGUCUUUGUCGGAUUCUACCUCUAUAUCAGGAUUGAUAAAAGGGGUUUGCCAAGGACUAACUCAUGGGCAGAAAUUUGGUAUAUCAUAUGUGUCCUCAAGCCGCAAAGCUCCUGAGAAGUCCAGAAACCAAAGACAAUCGAACGUUGCUGAGAGCCAGUCAGUGAUGAUUGUCGAAAGCCAAACUUCUGAUUAUUCAUCAUCAGAUAACAAGAAUUACCAUGAGAAAUCUCUGGAAUCAAGUGACGGAAGACCAGGGAGGAAUACACCUCAAAAAUCAUGACAGCGCUGUUUUAUUCAAUUGAACUUGUUUGUAGCCUCGUAAUAAUCACAAUCUCAGCUGCUUCAGUGAUUCUUAAGUUCUACAAAUUGUUCGUUGACAAACAGGGGGAUUCUGGUAAAGGGGCUGGUAUGUCAAACUUGUUCAUUCUGUUAUCUAGAAGCCUGGAACUGCUUGAGAUUCUCAACUUCGGACUUCAUGUAAAUUACCCGGAAAUUGCUUACAGAUAAAACAUGGAGCUCACGGGUGGAAACAUGAACAAUGAAGUUAUGUCGAAGAUCUGCCUUGCUGGUUCUACUGCCCUCUCAUACCCAGACACUGGCAUGUGGUCACUUGCUAGGUUCAUGUAACUCGGCGUAUUGUAGCAUAACUUACGUACAUUUUCAUUUUCUUUCUGGUAGGUCUCAAAAGUUUGUUUUUGAAACGGGGGGUCAUCAGCUUCGGUAUGAAUAGGAAUUCAGAUAUUCUUGAAGAAGGGGAAGGAGCUGGACAUUUUCGCUCAUGGAAUUUAUGUCAGAGGACUGAAUAUAGUGAGAUACCUUAGUUUUACAUGUAUUCUAAAUACAAACACAGAUGAGAGGCUUACAUAGAGUUGCAGCUGAUUCUUUGUUGGCUUAUGCCGUUUGGUGGAGGAUUGGCGACCUUGAGGUCAAGGUUUUUUUGAAGAAUUAUAAGUUGUUUUGAAUCCCA